UACGACUCAGGUCGGCGUCAAAAUUCAUAGUUCUCCUUGAAUAAGUUUUGGAUUUCGGCAGUUCUCGAUACAAUCUACAGAAAGACACACGUGUUUCCCAAAAUAAGCCAUACGUUGCUCAUUCCCUCAAAUAAAUAAACAAAUAAUACACUUAUAUUAAAACUCGAUAAAGGCGAGAACUUCCUCAUAACUUCCAAUAAAUAUGUCGGAGCGUGGGGAGAACUCUGACGAGGAGUAUUACGUUAACGAGGACUUUGAAGAGGACUCUCAAUCCGAACUGGAAGAACAGGAAACAGAAGAGGAAGGCCAAGAUGGGCCGGACGAUGACGGUGAUGAUACUGAGAUUGAGGUGGAGGAGCUAGUCCAGAUCCAGAAACAGUCCAGAUCAGCACACCUUGAGGAAAGCGACACUCAGAGCGAGAGCGAUGUUGAGGCCGAGUUUAUGCGCGGAAACCCUCAUGCCCGCCGGGUCUUGGGCGGAAGAACCUCUGGCCGUGGUUUUAAUCGCGACCGAAUGCCCAUUUAUCCCAGCUCCUCGUCUGAUGACGAGAGCCAGGUCAUUGUAACCAAGACCGUGGCCGAGGUCAACCAUAUUAGUUUGCAAAUGGACUCGGGUCUCGACGACGAAACGCCGUCAGUGCGCACCUUAAAGCCAGACAGUGCCCGAUUCCCCGAUGAGGACGAGGACGACACGGAAACCGAAGUCGAGGAGAUCGAAGAAGAGGAGGAUGAAGAGGUAGUAGAGGACGACGAGGAUGCACAGAGUGAUGGGACGAUUGAAUCUAAUAAGGGCCACCAUAUCGCAGAAGAGAGCGAUGAGGACCAGGGCACUGACGUCGAGGUGGAGCAACUGGAGGAGGAUGAGCCCGUAAUCGAGGCUAAGACCAUGCGUCCUGAGACUCAGAAGCAACAAGAGGACAUCGUUUCUCUGGUAGAUGCUAGUGACAAUAGCAGCGAGUACAGUGUGGUUACUAUGGGUAGGGCUGGCCAAGAGAGUGAUGUCACUUUAGAAGAUUCUUCUCCUCGAUUAAAGUCACAGAAUGCUCCCUCCUUUGAGCCCCAGACACCCCAGGGAAAGCAUCAGGAAGAGACUGCCCCGGCCUCUAUGCCCAUUCUGCCGCCUUUAAAACAGCUCGAUGAAUUCUUAUACAGUGAAGACGGCUCACUAAUCUCCCAGCCUGAUACGGCAACCGUUAAGUACCUGGAGCAUCAAAUGGCCCAAAUGUCCGAGAUGAUAAUGAAGACCUUCCGCAUGAACGGAGGCGCUACCAAUAGCCAAGCCUUCGAACAAUUGGCUGCGGCAACGGAACUGAUGCAAAAGCGUGGUCUGGAACGCGAUGAGACUGAAUCGGAGGCGAACUCCAUUACGGAAUCUGCAUUGACCAGUGCUAGAAGCUGUGGCGGAAGAUUACGGCCACCAAUGCGGUCGCGUUUGCCACGAUCUCAAGAGGCCCUACUCUCCACGAGAUCCCCAAUGGCAGGAAGACCCAAAUGCCGAUGCCCCUCUGAGUCAGAUCUCAUUGAACAUGACCAUGAAAUAGAAAUGGGCUUGAAAACUGAUCCAAACAUCGAUAUGGGAAUGGGUAUAGGACAAGAGGACUUCCUAAUGGAUGAAUGUGGUCAGGGCGACGGUCUGAUGAUGCAUCCACACCAACGUCGGCCUCCAGAAUUCCACACACGUGCGGCAAGUGGAACGCCCAGCACUUUUACCACCGACGGAGGCAGCUAUCCCAUCAAUGUCACACGUUCCCGCUGUUCCAAUGAAAAAAUAAAUUACAAAAAUCUCGGACGUAAAAGCUUUAGUUUUACCAAUCCACAAGUGCGUGAAAUUGAACGACAAAAUCAAAUCCUGCUCAGGAAGAUGAUGACUGUGAAGCCCACGGCUACGAUCAAGGCGAGCACCAGUAGCCUAAAGAUCAACACCAAUGCUCCCGAAAAGAGUCAGCAACCGCCGGCCCCGCGUCUCUCCAGCGCUGCAGUGAAUCGAAAAAAGUACCAGCGCCAGAUCGACCUGGACAACGAUAUACUGAAGCGGAAACUGGAGGCUAUCGGCACCCGGCGCCCACAAUUCAAGUGAAGCCUAUUCGGGCAGCCCCAUCUGUGUUCAUUACUUGUUUAGAUGUGUUUUAAGUGAAUUUACAAAAUUAAAAUUUAUUGCAAGUUAAGAAGUGUACA